GAACAAGUCUUCUCCUAUCAUCCAUGACACUUCUUCUUGUUUUCACAGCGGUGUUUGAUGAGGUAAUGUCUCGGACAUGUUAUAAUGUUAAAUCCAGUAGCAGCAGCAGUAGCUCUAGGCCACACUAGUUUUGUUUAUAAACUUCAUACCCAGCACAGUCUCGCUAGCGGAGUGGACUUGCUAGCCGGGCUUCCUCGCACAAGUUGUGGAGAAGAAGUGAGGACGGAGGAGCAACUCUUCAGGAAGGGACUGCUGUGCCGUGCGGGACAGGAGAGCGGGGCGGCCCCCAUCAGAAAGUCUCUGGAUGACUGAGGGUCUACUUGAAUGGGGCGGUGUGUUUUGAUCCUGUCUGUCAUUCUGCAGUCUGCGGUCCGACCGGCCCCGGGGGGACACGGCGGAGGGACUCCUGGCUGCCCUGCUGCGCGCUGAACGCAAAGCAGCACACUUUGCCUGCGUCUGAGGAGACUUGGAGAGAUUAUGGUUGGGAAAGGCCUGCAGCUCAGUCCCCGCUGCUCCAACAACAAAGGAAACGGCUGCUGCCUCUUUUACUUCAGUGCUGCGGCCGACGUGUGUGGAAACACACGUUGAGAGUGUGUGGAGAGAAUUAGAUUGAGCCAAUGACUUCAGAGAAAGUUGUCAAAUGAGCUCUGAUUUCACGGCCGCUCCAGAGUAGCGCCGCUCGCGCACGCCUGCGCAGUUACGCACACGCGCGCAUACACACGCACGCACUCCUUUUGUUGUGAAGUUUUCUCUCAGCCGAAAAGUCAUUUAACAACCAGAGUGUCUCUAACAGCAGUGCUGCGGGGUCAAAGUGGAUGUGUGAGGAUGGUGGAGAGCAGGAGUUGUGUCCAGAGGGAGGGGGUGUACCGCUGGUUCUCCUCCCUCACCUCAGCCCAGAGAGCAGAGUUCCUGUGCGGCCUGCUGGACCUCUGCGUCCCGAUCGAGCUCCGCUUCAUUGGCUCCUGUCUGGAGGACUUGGCCCGCAAGGACUACCACUCCCUCCGGGAUGCGGAGAUCAAAGCCAACAACCCCACCGACCUGUCUGGACUCACCAACAUCACGGACGAGGUGGUGCGCAGCAAGCUGCUGGUGUCCCUCGCCCUGCUGGGUUCGGACAACCGAGAGGCUGCAGGGGUAUUGUAUCGGACCCUGACUCAUAUAGACACGGUGAUCAAUAACUACGGCCUGGCGCUGAACGACGGGAGGACUGAAGAGCAGUUUCUGUUGCUGUUCACCAUGGCCUCUAACCACCCGGCCUUCAGCUUCCACCAAAAGCAGGUGCUGAGGCAGCAGCUGGGCAAGAUCCUGGACAUCCUGCAGAGCCAGACCAAAGAGGCAGGCACGGUUUCAGGGCUGAACUCAGGGGUCACCACGGGACGAGGAGACCAAGCGGUCAGCCAGGACCUCACCCCUCCUCACCUCGACCCCCCUCUUCCUCCUCCCCCACCUCCUCCUCCUCUGCCUCCUCCUCCUCCGCCUCUUCCUCCACCUUCUCAUCUUCCUCCUCCUUUACCUGCCGGGCAUAGCCAUGAUGCAGCAGCACCAAGCAAGAGCCACCAGGGGAAAUCGGGUAAAGCGGUGAUUGAAAAGGUGGUGUUGAGAGGAGUGACACACAAGUCUGAAGACAACAGUGAAUACGUGUUCGAGGUCAGCUGGUCGGAUGGUUUCAUGUCGUCCGUUGUUCGAACUCAGCAGGAGGUGACAGAGCUGCUGUCCCAGGUCAGGACCACCACCAAAACACAAUGCACCAGAAUGAUGCUCUCACAGGCAUUUCCUGAUGAAGGCGUGGAGAAGUUCUUCCCUCAGUCCAUAGACCUGGACCCCAGGUGUCUGACAACGCUGCCCUGCCACGUCCUCCAGCACCACAGCGUCCAGCUGUUCUUCACCUCCACCAGGCCUCUGUCACCCAACUGUCCUUCCUCUCUCCUGCCGCUCCCCUCCUCCCCUCCCACGGCUCCCGUAGCCCCGUCAUGCCCCUUCACCCCCAGCUCUAGUCUCGGCUGUAUGUUGCAGUACAGAGGAGCCAACAGGGUGGUGUACAGAGUGGCCAGCGUCCAGCCCGUCGUCAGCACCCACGGCUCGGUCUUGACUCGCUCCUCUUCUCACCCCUCCUCCCUCCCUCCUCCUCCUCUCCCUCCCUCCAUCUCUCAUCCCCAGCAUUCCCCUCAGCUGUCUUCCCUCCCUCCCCCCGUGCCGGCCCUGCCCGGCCAGCAGGGCUGCGUGGCGGGCGGAGGCGACGCCCCGUCCCAGCCGCAUCCCCAACAUCAACCCCUUCAGCUCCAGUCGCACUCGUACCCUCAGCACUCCCAGCACCACCUUCAGCAACAAACCGGCGGUCAGCCAAGCACGCAGCCUCAAUCCCAUCAUCCAGCCCAUUCCCAGUCCCUCUCAUACUCCCGCUCCCAGUCCCACACACAGCCACCAUCCCAGUCCCAGGUUAUCACUCCUGAACAGAACGGCAUCCUGGAUUGGCUGCGCAGGCUUCGGCUCCAUAAGUAUUACCCCGUCUUCAAACAGCUAACCAUGGAGGAGUUUUUAGCGCUGACAGAGGAGGACCUGAACAAGUACGACUUGACCCAAGGAGCAAAGAAGAAACUCAAGACUCAACUGGAGCUGCAGAAGUCAGCGGACAGGGAGAUGAAGAUGGAGAAGCGGCCAUGCAGCGGUAUUGCCAGGGUGACUCCUUCCAGUCACAUGGGGCCCUUAGCACACCCCACCUCCACCGCUGGAGAGCUGCGAGUGGAGGUGGACGCCGUGCUGCACCAUCACCCCGUCUCCACAGACAGCAGCUCAUCCUCAGGCUACUCCAGCUCUUCCUGCUCCCCCCGAACACCCCUCUGCUGUGACGCUACCUUUGACAGGACCAGAGACCUUCACCGCCGUGUGUCUGGUCCGGACACAUCAGGAGGAGGUCUGGAGAAGGACCGCUCGUGUGUUUUCAUCCUCAACUCCAGCUGCCCCGCGGGAUCCAGUCGCCCCACAGCCCAGGUCCUUCCCGUCCAAACCGACCCUGCUCCUCCUCUCCCUCCGCCCUGCUCCUCCCACCUCCCCUUCAGCCUCCAGCAGUCUCCCUACCACCCUCAGGCCGGCUACCCCCAGACCCUGCUCUCCUCCGCCUCAAACCCAGCGCGCAUCCUCACCUCCCCGCGAAAACCGAGGCCCCCUCCUCUAUGCACGGACGACAGGACUAAAUCUCUGGGCUCGGGCGGGGGUUUCGGCGCGGGGCUGGGCGUGGGGAUGGGGGUGAGGCUGGAGACCCUGUUCCCCGGCCUGAACGUGGACGGCUCCUCUGCGCUCCAGGACUCGGUGGUAUGUCGCGGCCUCACGGGAGCCGCCGUGGGUCUGAUGGUGGAAACCAGCUCCGCUUUGACCUCCACCUCCAACAGCGUCCACCACGUCUCCCACCCUCCUCUCCAUUUCCACCUCUCAUCAUCUUCCUCCACCUCUCCAUCUGGAUACUACUCCUGCCCGCCUACCUCUUCUACCACCUCCUCCUUCUCCUCCUCCUCCUCCUCCUGUUCCUCCACAAAGUCCGGCUCAAGCUCCACAAGCGGGGGUGGCUUUGUUCCCAUGGCAACCACAGCCACUGUCCCUGUGGCCGCGGUGCCCGGCAACACCUACUACCCACCCCAGCCCACCUCUAGCCCCUCCCCUUCCCCUUCCUCUGCUCCCUCAUUGGAUCAAAAUUCAGGUCACACCCCCUCCGUGUGUGUUUGCAGCUCCUGCGGUUGCCGGGGGAACUGCGGGGCGUACGGGACGUUGCCAGGAUACGCCGCUGCGGCAGGCUACCUGCAGCCGUUCCCCACCGGCCCCUCCCUCUUCACCCUGGGUCCCCUGCUCCACCUCAGCCCCCUGAUAGCUUCAUCCAGCAACGCAGGCGCAGGGGCCACUCCCUUCUCCUACCCCAUGAUGGUGCCACCGCCCUACCGCCACAGCCCCUUGUCACAUGACCAGCAUCAAGGCUUUGGCUUCUACCAGCCCCACGGCAUCUUGGGAAAUGGAGGGCAGAAACGUGCAGCUGGGAACCUGUCCUGUUAUAACUGUGGAGCCAACGGGCACAGAGCAGAGGACUGUAAGCAGCCGCCCAUGGACUCAUCACAGCAAGGAACAUUUCGACUGAAGUACACUCCUCACUCUGACAGUAAGGACUCAGGGGACUAACCAGGAGACACACAGCGGUGGAUUUAAAUCGUCACACUCUCGACACGACUGUACCUCAUGUUCCUCCCGGAGCCGACAGGCAGCCUCCACACAUACUUUAAAAGGGAUGCGCAGACAGUCUGGUUCACCGCCGGUCCGUUUAAGGACAGCGGAUCCAUUUGAUCCUUUCAUUUCUUUUACAACAGCCAACACUGCAGAGAACCAUCGGGAGCAGCUGCCUGAGAGCAGUGAAAAACAAGGAGGAGGAGUUCUUUUACACUACUUCUGUAUACUUCACUGAGAGAUGAAACGAGAGCACGUGAGGAAGAGAUGGAACGGCUGUCGCAGUCUGUGUCAUCAGAUUAGCUUUCAACCCCCCUCUUCCUCCUCCUCCUCUUCGGAUCUCCUCGCAUACAAACACAAAGUCACAAGGAGAGCUGGAGAUUGUAAACUCUCAGAGCUCCUCCAUGAAGAAACAGUAUACAGUGCAGUAAAACCUCAACAUUUACAGUCUCCUGGAUGGUUCACAAACCAAAGCAACACAAGUCCAGCAUCCUAAUAACUUCCUGGACACUCAGUGGAGUGCAUUUUUUAAACUGGCUCUAAACCUUUAAAGCCAGUUUGAUCUUAUCACAGCAUCCUCCCUUUCACUGAAUCCACCUCACACCACCCGGCUGUAAAGCACAGGUGAUUAAAAGAAGCAUUUCUACGUCUGGGUCAUGUGACAGUAGAGCAGUUACAAAAGCCGUGUCCCAACUCCAUACUUCAUGCUAACUGUAUACAGCACACACUUUACACUAAUGUUUGUAGUGAGUUGCUUUUUUUUUUGCUGUUAGUUUACAAGGAAUCAACGUACUUCAUUGUUUUAUAACAGGAAAUGAUGCAAUACAUGCAUCGUUUAAAGGCAAACUGACCAAUUUAACCUCGCCUGUUUACAGUCAUUGUUUCCCGCCAAAAAACACUUAACAAACUGAAAGCAUUUUCUUCCUCAUAAAACAUUUGCAGAUUUUUUUUUUAAGUUUACAUGCAAACAAUCUUCUUUAUUAUUAUUUUAUUUUAUUGUUUUACUGCUCAAUAGCACUCCUAGUGGUGUUAUUAAAAUCUUCACAGUGUACCUUUAAACUUAAAGACACAGCUACAUGUUUUACCACCAUCCUCAAUUUAUUUUAGGCAGCUGUGAGUAGCUCUAAUAUUUCAACAGUAUACUCAACUCAACUUUUUUUAAUAGUUUGCAUACUGACUGUUUUGAGCACACUACAUACUCAUACAUGCAACUACAUACAUACAAAUGUAUAGAAUUAGAAAAUAGUAUGAAUUUGGGACACAGCAAACGUGUUACAUAUAAAAAAAAGUUUUCAUUUGUAUUUUUUUUCUUUCUUUAUCUUACUUUUCAAAGUAAGUGUGUACCCUGAUUCAAGAGCUGAAUGUCCUCAAAAGUCGACGAGGGAACGGACAGUCAUGAUGCGUUCGUCAUCGUUGGAAUUGUGCGUCUUCAUUCAGCAGGGGUGAUCUUACCGACUCCCCCGCAACAGUGCCUGGGGUUAACAUGCAGCCCCUCUACCUCUGGGCCAGUCUAGGUAAAAAAAAAGAAAAGAAAAGAAAAGACUUCCAUUGCCAGAUCAGGACAAUCAAAUCGCAGGCGUAAAAGAUCAUCUGUCUGUACUUGAACGUCUUUGUACGUUCAGUCACUCCUGUGGUCGCUCAAGGCGGAUAAACAUUUGAAAAGUGCCAAUUUUCCUGCAGUCGAGUUUGCUGACGUUUCAUUUUUUUAAAUAUAUAUAUAUAUAUUGUUGAUGUAAGUGAAUGAAUGUCCUACACUUCAGACUCUUUUCUAAUUGUUUUAGUCUUUCUACAAAAGAAUUCAGGAGAAAAAAAAAAAACAAUGUAUGAAAAAGUUUUGGAAAUGUUUCCAAGUGUUGGGACUGUGUGUGAGCGUAUGAGUCGCUGGGCAGGACCCGGAGUUUUAGACACGAGGACAAGCUGGUCCUUCAGAGACACACAAAAAAUACAAUAAUACUAUGUGCACCCCCGGAGGGUGCAGCACAGGGACAUUUAUUUAAAAUGCUGAAUAUUCUGUUGUUUUAAAAUAAGAAGUCAACAUUGUGCUUUUUUUUUUUUGUAAAAUAAAAUAUGUGGUCUUCGGACAGAGAUACGAGGCUCAGAAUCAAACCAGCAAGCCUCCGUUCAGCUGAAUGUUGGUGUGAGUUGUAACUGUGCAGCUGUGUUCAUCGCUAAAGGUGCACAACAAGAUUUCAUUCUAUCGUUGCACAGAAGGAAAAACUUUUUUUUGUUUCACAGGACAAACCAAAGAUUGACCUCCGUUGAGGGUUUUUGUUUGUUUGUUUGUUUUUUUUGCUGUUUUGCUGUUGCCUUAAGCAUCAUGAUAGAGCCCGGUAAAGCUGAUAUCACAGCGUUGCAUGUUGCUUCAUCUUUAGUGAAAAAAAAAAGCGCUUAUGGAAUAUUUGUGUGCAAUUGUUUGAAUGCAGUUUAUAAUCAUCCGGUUCAAGUAUAGGUCAGAUUUUUUUUUUUUUUUUUUGUUAUUGCUUAUUGUGUUUUAAAAUUUGACUCCGAGGGGGGAAAAAAACAAUUUGAGUAAUAAAAUCUGUUCUGAUUCUG